AUGGCAGACCGACCUUUUGGGCCUCGUUAUCCCUUUUCAGGAGCCCGGCCAGACAGGUGGCAGUCUAAUUACAACAGCCAAAACACCAGUCAUUCUCAUGGAAGACCUGCUCCGUAUUUGGGAGAUGCUUCGAAUCCUUUUAGCCCAGCGUCGACGCCCCAGCAUCUCGCCUACAAUUCCGCAACGACACCAGCGAAUCGGCAACAACAGCAACAACAGCAACAACAACAACAACCAGUACAACAACCAUAUGAUAUAGGAAGAGACGAACUCGUUGCUCGUUUUCUUGGCUGGGAAGUGACACAAGACGUGCGUGCAAACUUGGCAGAUCAAGAGAAGAGGCAGAAACAUUUGAGCAACAAUUGGUUCAGCAUGUGUGAGAGUCUCGAGAAGGAUUAUGCAUCGAAAAGUGAAGCAUGUCGCAAGAACAACUACGAUAAAGUCUGGUGUCCGAUGAAGCUAAAGAAUUACUUUGACUUCAUCAAACAAGAGACCAAGACGCAUUAUCCGGAGGAGUUUACAAAAAUCGCCUGGAACAAGAAAAUGGAUGCGCACAUCAAGACUAUCAUGGUUAGCCAGGUGGCUCACAAGGGGGCUUCUUUGCUUGGAUGUAUCGCAAUACUGAAGAGCUCCCUUGGUCCUCCAGCGCCGAAUCAGAAGCAGCAGCAGCAGCAGAAUUACCCCCAGAUGAGCACACCUCCAUAUGCAUCCUAUGAUCAGCAGUCAAUCUGGGGUCCUCCAAGUGCCACACCUUACACUCGUUAUCCAACUAACCCUGGGCCACCACAAAAGCAGUGGCCCAAAUAG